UCACUACCAUUCGCAAGUUUGCGCAAUGUUUUUUCAAGCCCCAAAGUAAGAAUUAUGAUCAAACACUUCAAAUUGAUCAUCUGUAUAGCAGUUAGUUUCUGUACUAGACAACCGUUUUUCACUUACUGGGUGACGACAGUACAAGUUCUUGUCAUGAUAAUCAGUCUUUGCACGUAUGGAGUUGGUCCUUGGGGAUUCGGUCUUAGCGAAGAAACAGCCGACGUAUUACACACCACUGUUACUUUGAAACGAGACAGUAUUUACGUUCAACAAAAUAUUUGGCUUGGACCAAAAUUUGCAGAUUUAAUACAUUUGGGAGCGAAAUUCACACCUUGUAUGCGUGAAGAUCCAAGGAUUUUCGCACAAAUCAAUGCCGAUCGUAAAGAAGAAAAUGAAACUGGGUGCUGUAUUUAUAAUGAUGGUACGGGUUGUUUUCAAACAGGUCACAGAACAUGUCCGGUAUCAACUUUAACAAGAUGGAAUGACAAGAAUCCUGGCCCAGAUAAACGACUUUCAGGAGCUGUUUGUGGACAAGAUCCAAGGUAUUGCGAGGAUCCAGUUUCCGUGAAACCGUAUGAAUGGCCAGAUGAUAUUACGCAGUGGCCUAUAUGCAAGCAAAGAACUUCUCUUGUACCUGAGAAUGAGAAACACAUGCAGUGUGAAAUUACUGGACGACCUUGCUGCAUACAACUUCAUGGACAGUGUCGCAUAACUACUAGAGAUUAUUGCGAUUUUGUGAACGGAUAUUUCCAUGAAAAUGCAACACUUUGUUCACAAGUUAUAUCUUGCUUGAGUGAAAUAUGUGGAAUGUUACCCUUUUUAAGAAGAGAUCAGCCAGAUCAGUGGUAUCGUUUGUUCAUACCGCUUUUUUUACAUGCAGGGUCAAUUUUUUAUAUGAGGGACUUGGAAAAAUUGCUUGGGUGGGCUCGCAUAGCACUUCUUUACAUGAUGUCAGGUAUUGGUGGUUAUUUAGCCAGCGCAAUAUUUGUGCCUUAUAGACCAGAAGUUGGUCCAGCAGGUUCGAAUCUUUUGGAAAGACCGUGGCACGCAAUCAUGCAGUUAAGUAUAUUCACUCUAUCACUUUUUAGUAUUGGUACUUUGCCUUGGAUCGAUAACUGGGCGCAUUUAUUUGGCUUUAUUUUUGGAAUCCUUAUAUCACUGGGUGACUUAUUCCUUUCUGAUAGUAUAAUUUUUAUUUUUAGUCUACUGUUAAUUGACACAUGUCAUGAAGGUCUUAUUUUUCAAACGGCUAAGCGUCGUAAUCGUGCCAAGCGACUUCUAAUUGUAAUCACAUCACUCUCAAUCGCCUUCGGUUUACUUUUUGUUUUAUUGGCUGUAUUUUACUCUUCUGCAGGCCUUGAUUGCCCAUAUUGCGAGUACUUCAACUGCAUACCUUAUACUUAUCAUUUUUGUGAUAACCAAGGAUUGCGGUUGAAAACAUGGCUACCCAUAUAA